UCCCGUGGUCCGAGGCCUCCUUUCUCUGGGCCCCUCUCUUUCCCCCACCUAGCCGCCAUCUUGUUCUUGCCGCGUGUUGCCUUCAGAAGGUUCGUCGGACUGAGAUAAAGCAAGAUGAAUCAAGAAAAGCUGGCUAAACUUCAGGCUCAGGUCCGAAUAGGUGGAAAGGGUACAGCUCGUAGAAAGAAGAAGGUAGUCCACAGAACCGCAACAGCUGAUGAUAAAAAACUUCAGAGUUCGCUCAAAAAAUUGGCAGUAAACAAUAUUGCUGGCAUUGAAGAGGUGAAUAUGAUAAAAGACGAUGGAACAGUUAUUCACUUCAACAAUCCCAAGGUCCAGGCUUCGCUCUCCGCAAACACUUUUGCUAUUACUGGUCAUGCUGAAGCCAAACCAAUCACGGAAAUGCUACCUGGCAUUUUAAGCCAGCUGGGUGCUGACAGCUUAACAAGUCUCCGAAAGUUAGCUGAACAGUUCCCAAGGCAAGUGUUGGAUAGCAAAGUACCAAAAUCAGAAGAUAUUGAUGAAGAAGAUGAUGACGUUCCCGAUCUUGUAGAAAACUUCGAUGAAGCAUCAAAAAAUGAAGCUAAUUAAUUCAUUAAUAGUUCUGGAAGUUGACAUGGACUAGAUUUAAGAAAUCAGCUGUGUGGUUCCAAAGUUUUACAGAAACAGUGAACAUUACCCGUUUAAUAGUUCAAUAAUAUAAAAUAUUUUGUAUUUUAAUUAUGCUGCCUGUUCAGCAUUUCCUGUCAGUUGAUUUUUGCAUUUUGCACUUACUCCCAGGAUCUACCUUUUCAGUUAAAAACGAAAAAAUAAGUCAUUUUCAGUUCCGAUUAAGGGGUGUGUGCAUGUGUGUGGAUGUAUGUAUGUGGCUUUUACGUACAGUUGAGAUGAAAUCGGAGAACAGAACUGUUCGACUUUCACUUCUCCCUCUAAAGUAGAAAUAAAACAAGUCUUUAACUUGGUUAAAGUAACCUUUCUUAUUGCAACCAAACAGUUCUCAUAAAAUAGUGAACAGUGAGUCUUGUCCACAUUUCAUGAACUCGAUAUUUCUUACUAAUUAACGUUUGGGUUUAAUUUUGUGUUAACAAUUGUAUUUGAAAAUGUAUUUCUCUUUCAUAUUGACAGUGUAUAUGUGUUGUUUCUCAUCCGGCCUCCUUUUGAUUUUAAAUUGUACCAAAGACAGGGUAUUAACAUGCAUGUUUAUUGCAACAUUUAAACAACAUUAUACUUAAGAGCUUGUUCUUUUCUCUUUAGAGCUCUUCUCUCAUUCACCUUAAUACUUAACUUAUGUUGCAUUCACAUGUUAUGGAAUAAUCUAUUUUGUCUUGGAUAAAACCACUAUCCUGUGAAGUACUGUGUAUGGGCUAAGCAAGUGCCAACCCUGUACUUUUGCAAGAAGCCAGAUGAUGGGCUUGUUUAGGGUUGCUGGGAAAAGGUCACAAUAUUUAUGACUGUGAUAAAGAUUGGAGGUUAGACUCUACUCAAUACUGAAUCUAAUACCUUGUGGUUUCUAUUUGGUACAAUUAGCUGUAUUUCAGUUAGAUCCCUCUUCAAAGUCCUGAGUGCUGUUUUGACCCUUUUCAUCUCAACUAAACAGUAUUCCUCUUAACCUGUGGGUAUAUUUUCUAGUGGCAUUACUCACUUUGAUAAGAGGAUAGCACUCCUCUGCUCAGAUUUUCGAUAGGAAAUAGUGCAUCUUUAAGCACAGUUAGAUUAUUUUGUGAGAAGAUGUAAAAUAGUUCUAGUGUAACAAUUAAGAGCAUAUGAGCCACUGUUAUUUCAGGGCACUAGAAUCUGGCAGUGUCAUUUGGAUGCACAAACUUUUCAAUGAAAGGCUUAACCUGUUAAUUUUGAGGGUAACAUUUCCUUACCUUUAUUUGCAUCCUACACUUGGGUUGGAUGUACUGGUUAUUUUGAAAACAAAGCCCUUUUCUGGUACACAGAGGAUAGUGGCAGUAUCACAGGUACGGUGCGGUAUUUGCUGAACCUUCUUUCAAAAUGCUCAAUGUGAAGCUCUUCCUAAUGGUUCUUCAAUGGUGCUUGAUGUAAUCUUUACAGUUUAGCAUCGUUGUAACCUUUUGUCAAGAGCAAUCAUGGCUUGAGAAAGCCAUCUUUCUUAUCGGCUUACUUUGGCAUACUUUUGAGACAUAUCAGCUUUCUAUGUAGCUAUAUACACUCAGCAACUAUACAGAAUGUCUCUCAGCAUUCUAGUGACAUCAAACUGAACCACAAAAGCAGCGCUUGAAGUGGUUUGUCAUCUGGACUGCUCACUUGAUUUUAUAGAUUUGUUUGGUUUUCUUGUUCUAUUUUAUAUAAUACAUGGAUCUUAAUAAAAUAAUUCAAAGGAG